UUUACUCGCGAUUCUGUUAUUAAAUUUCAUCCUAUCAAAAGUAAGCAAGUAUUCGAAUAUUUUUGAACGGCAGUGUGUCUAUGUACUUUGUUAGACGAUUAAAGUAUCUCAGAGUCGUUUUAACGUCUAACCAUGUAUUUGAUAUUUUGUACGUACUAUUCUGAACAUACUGCUCUGAAUGUCAAAUUUUAACGAGGGUUAAUUUCCAUAUAACGCGUCUGUCUUAUAAGGUUAGCUGUGUUAGUAGAAUAUUUGGGUCAAGCUAAACAAUUUGCCUCAUAAUUAAUCAAAUUUGAUCAUGUACUAUUUUUGUGCACUUUACGUUUAAGAACAUUUGAGAUCAUUUGACUCUUCGCGUCGUUAGUGGUGUAAUAAACAGUGAGAUAUGUAUAUCGUGUACAUUGACAGCUCGACGAUCAUAGUUUCUUACGAGGAUAUAAUUUGUAUUUGUCCAAAAGCUAAGAAGUGAAACCUGUUAUAUACCUUACGUAUACAUUUUUUCUUUGUUAUAUAAAUCUGUUUAAGCAAAAUGGAGAAAUACGAAAUGUUAGAAAUCGUAGGGGAAGGCAGCUACGGUGUAGUGAUGAAAUGCAGGCAUCAUGAAAGUGGGCAGUUCGUAGCCAUUAAGAGAUUUCUGGAAACCGAGGAGGACCAUCAAGUGCGAGAAAUGGCAUUUCGUGAAAUCAGAAUGUUGAAACAAUUGUGUCACGAUAAUCUAGUAAAUAUGAUCGAAGUGUUCCGCCAAAGGAAACGAUUCUAUCUCGUCUUCGAGUAUUUGGAUCACACCUUGCUGGAUGAGCUGGAACGUAUCGGAAACGGUCUGGGCUGGGAAGUGUCCAGGCGACAUGUUUAUCAAAUCCUUCGCGGUUUGAGCUUCUGUCAUAGCAGAAAUGUAAUGCAUCGUGAUAUCAAGCCUGAAAAUAUUCUCGUAUCUCCGAACGGAGUGAUCAAACUCUGUGAUUUCGGAUUUGCACGUUUCACAAAUAGUAUCAACGAAUCCUGCACGGAUUACGUAGCAACAAGGUGGUAUCGAGCACCGGAGCUUCUUGUUGGUGAUGCACGAUAUGGCAAAGCGGUCGACGUUUGGGCGGUAGGUUGUCUUUACGCGGAGCUGGUUACGGGAGAUGCUCUCUUUCCUGGCGAGAGCGACGUAGAUCAGCUCUAUCGAAUAACCAAAGUCUUGGGAAGACUGUGUACGAAGCAUCAAACGAUGAUCAGUCCUAGCAGAUCUAAUCAAAAGUUGCGACACGCAAGUGCGGAUGAGCUGGUAGGACCAACUCAUUCGAAUGUCGUUUCGAUUCGUAAAUUAUUUCCCACUUGGAACUCGAUGACGGUCGACUUCUUAUCUCAAUGUCUUCGCAUGGAUCCCGAAACAAGAGCCACGUCUGUAGCGCUCUUGCAACACCCGCUCUUCACGCAAAGUAACUUCGUCGGCGAAUUCCUCGAACAACUGAGAAAUAUUAUCGCUGACGAAGCUGCUAUGAAUCCUCUGACGACUAAGAAAUUAGAGAAAAGAAGGUCGACUAUGUUUAAUCUGACAUCGAGAAAUGUUUUGCAUAGAUGGCACAUGGAAGUCGUUUCGCAAGAUACAAAGUUGAACGAUAGAACAGCAACUGAAACGAUCGAAACGACACAAUUACACCAAACGCCAUUGCUAUUGCACGUAGAUCGCUUAUAAAAAGUUCGUCACUUUGAUCCUAUUUCCGUCUUACCAAAUGCAACCUAUGUUGCUAAAUAGAUUCGUCUUUACAAAAGAGUACACCCAUACUUUAGCUUCUUCCGAUUUCAAAGAAUUUUGUAGCUAUACUAGUAUCAACGAUAAAGGGGAAAAUAGUCGUAAAAAGAAACAAGCUAUUAAGUAAAUACGUGUCUGUAGAUUGUUCGGUUUCAUCAUUUUAUUAAUAAUAAAAAAGCAUCUAGUCGACGAUUUACUUAAUCAUCUUAUUAAUUAAUAAUCACAUGGAGUUGCGUGAUAAGUUCGUUUGCUUUUAAGAACAAUCUCAGAAAAUGCGAAUAUAAAGUAUUUUUUAUUUUUCCUACGAACAACUCCCAAGAAUUAGUCACGCUUCGCAAACGAAAUUGACUUCCCACAAGUAACUGUCAUUUUCCACAAAACGAGUUUUGCCUACCACAGAAUGAUUCCACAGAUCUACAAAAAAUGGUCACGAAGAACAAAAUUCCUUAUCCUGACAUUUGUUUCCCACAAAGCCUACAAAAAAUUGUCAUUCUCACAAUUCAAGAUCAAUGUGUUGCGCAAUUAAUAGUAUUAGUCGAAAUUAAUUAAUAUUAAUCAAUUCGGAUUAGGAAUUACGAAAAUCAUAUUAGUAGAACUUUCAGAUUUUUACAACUUAUACAUUAUAAAAAUAUUUUAAUAAACGAGGGAUUAAAGUUAA